AAAAUAUGGUAUUUGUUAUGAUAUUUAAUAAGUGAAACAAAAUUUAUUCCAUUAUAAGUUAUUCAAAUAUUUUUAUGUGUCACUGUGCACAAACCCAGUAACUCAGCAUAUUCUGUUGAAAUAUUUCGAUAGAUUUUAUUAAAAUAUACUAUCGUUAUUUGUAUUAUGAACACGACUCGUGGCUCUCACGUUUGAACCAUAAUUUGCGGCACAAGCCGACCUCGAUGUAAGACAAUGGCUUAAAUGUGUUAGCCGAGGAGAUCCAGUUAGAUUAAUUGAUAUUCGAUACUAAAUGCGUUUCCGUGCCACCCCAUGAAAUAAUUCGAAGAAUCGUUCAACAUGCAGAACCUUAAUUCCAUAUUUCCAUUAAUUACUAGAGAAAAAAUCCGAAAAUCGUAUAUCAUAUCCCAAUGCAGAAAGAACCUACGUAUGUCUUUGUUUGAACAGACAGAACUGAAUCGUUCGAAAAAAACAAAGAAUCCGCAGAAAGCAUUCAAAUAACCUGUUGCAUCGAGUCAGGCGAAAAAAAAUCAAAAAGCCGCUCGGUCAACUGAGAUCCAGAAGAAUCAAUAAACCUAUUAAGUUCAACGAAAUAACCAUAGCCCAUAGUUAAACGCGACUAAUCUACGCUACGAUAUGUCAUCUUUUCUGUGCCUGACCAAAACAUUGUUUUUCUAUGUCUUAAGUUCACCUUCGUUUCUUCCAAAGAAGGAAAUUUCAAGUGGGAUGAAAUAAUGGGAAGAGAAGAUGAAGGAAAACUAAUUGCGAUUAACCAUCUGUGGAACGACUUCUUUUCAUUGUCUAACUAAAAUGUAAUUUGUUAAUUUACAAAUCCAUGGCCAUUGACUAUCCAUUUUUCAGAAAUAGAAAGUCCAAGGAAAAUAAAAUUUGAAGAGAUAAUGAAGAAACGAAAAGUAGUUGCGAAUAAGUGCCCAUUUUUAUUGACUUCCAUUCUCUAGAAAAUAAAAUUCUGAGCAAAAUACAAGAAAUAAAUAAGUAAAAUGAGAUUAUCUUCCCACGGAACGAUUUCAAAAUUUUUGCACACAGAUUCAGUUUUAUUAAUUUCCAUCUUGUAAAAGAGAAAAGGCAAACGAAACUAAUUGGAAGAGUAGGCUACUAAUUCCCUAGAAAAUGUCCUCUUUCCAAUAUUUAACAAAAAUCCUAUAUCCUAAGCCUGUCUACAUCGAUUGCUAAUCUCCAAAAACGAAAAAUUUCGUUUGAAGGAAAUAAAAAAGAAAGGAUAAAAGGAAAAAGGAAACUAAACUCGAUUAAUCGGCUACUAACAAAAGCCUUCUAAUCAAAAUUACACUCUUCCAUCCACAAGUCCAUCUUCGUUGACUUCUAAUCUUCAAAAGAGAAGUUCCCAAACAAACGAAAGUAGAAUAAAAGAAAACGGAAUGAAUAAAGAGAACUGAAAAGAAACUCGAAAACCGACUUCGGUCCGGCGGAAAAAUUGAUUCAGCGUAGUCUGGAGGGCCACGGCGAAUACGCGAGAAGAAGAGGAGCCGGGGGCGCGUGUGCGCAGUUCCCUCGACCAACAUGUCCGCCCGGGUACUCUAGGUAGUCGUGGUUAUGCGGCGCGGUGCGUUGCACACCGUCGUCAGGCGAAUCCUCGGUUUUCCGUGCUGCGUACGUCCGCGAGACACGCGUGUCCCUUCGAUGACCGGCUAAAGGGCCAGGAUCGCUGAGUCGUCGCCUCCUGGUGAUUGUGGCUGGCUCUGGUACAAGUUCACCAGGGGUAGUGCACGAGGUUCCGAGCAGCUGCGGGGAGGCUGGAGCCGCGACACGGACAGUCAGAGUGCUGCUCGAGAGUGGAGAAUCGCGGGAGAGCCAGGGAGAGACAGGGAGAGACAGAGGCUUACUGGAGGUGAAGCACGAGCGGGCAAGAGAGGGAGAAGCUUGAGGCAGGCGCGCGUAUUGAUUCCCGCGUGGCGUUUAUACGGUGAGGUGAGAAAGCUGCAACCGGAAGACUUGUGCCCGCUUCCUUCUUGCUCGCUGAAAAAGUCGAAGGAAAGGCGGACUGGGCCAACCACAUUGGGUUCCUGGCUCUGAAGCUGCUCGUCCUUCGGUUACUAGAAAGGAGAGCGCGAGAAGGUGAUCGGUGGACCAGAAUGAGAGAAGAGACCCAGGUCUGCUCGAGCAGGGACCCGUCGGCCCUUCGCGCGAGAAAUGAUUUUUAGAAGGAAGAGGGCAUGACGCACCGAACUCAUGCAGUGGCGAAAACACGUGCGCAUCAAGUACGGUGGUCGAGUCGGUGUCGGUCAAGGGCAGCGGGAGCGGGAGCAGGUGCAGCUGCAGGUGCGCGUGGUGCAGCUGCAGCGGGAAGGGGGCGCACGACUCAGCUACGUCUGUCAUCAGCCUCAACUCUCGUCGACGGCUCGCCGCAGCUGCAGCGCAGCAGCCAUGCUCUGCUGCGGCCGCAGAAAAGAGGGCCGGGGGGAAGUGACAGACAUCAGCGCAAGUCCUGGAAGGCAAGCACCUGCCAACCAGUUGCGCCCCAAGGAACCACCCCCCAUGGUGAUUCAGGGAGAUUUCAGAAAGGUGAGUGGAAUCAGCACAGAGAUCUUCAAACAGAUCGAGACCGUCGAGAACGAUCAUGACGCCUCGACAGCAGCGGCCCUCGAAGCUGUCGAACGAAGGGGUGAGAUGGUCGUCCGAGUCAUCGAGCCACGACAGAUGGGCAGACAGGCGUCCGAGGCGGCGAAGAAGUUCAUUGCUAUGCAGGAUCCAAAGCACCCCAUCCACUUUGUCGAGAUAAUCAAAAGGCCAGGCCAGACGCUGGGGUUGUACAUACGGGAGGGCAAUGGCGUCGACAGAAACGACGGUGUCUUUAUCUCGAGAAUAGCCCUGGAGACCGCAGUCUACAACAGCGGCUGCCUGAAGGUUGGGGAUGAAAUCCUAGCAGUAAAUCUGGUCGAUGUGACGCACAUGAGCCUGGACGAUGUCGUGAUCAUUAUGUCUAUACCCAGGAGGCUCGUCCUGGCGACUAGGCAUGGCCAGCAUCAGCCAGUCUCACAUAGUCGUCAGACCGAGCACAAAGCGCCUCCGGUUGUGGUGAUCAAGAGGGAGCUAAAUGAAGAUGAGAGCGACCAUGCAACGAGUAACCACGUCAGGGAUGGCAAUCGUAGGCGUGGCGACGGUCGUGAGAUGCUACCUUCCCGGUCUAGAUUAGGUCUGUCGGGUCUAGGCUCCAGUCAAGACCUAGGUUCCAGCAACGGUGAUUUAUACUACAACUCCAGACCGGAGGGACACUGGUCGUAUCAACCACCACCACCUCCUGUUAUCACACAUCAGCCAAAACCCUCUACGACGCAACACUUCCAGCCUUAUGAGCGUGGAUACCCAAAAACUUUGGAGAGUUUAGCUGAAAAAGUACACUCCUUCUACACGGGGCCAGUUAUGCCCUCAAAUGGUGGUCGUCGAAUGUCCACGGGCGCAGGAAUGCAGUCGGUUGGCAGCAGAUUGUCUAGUCAGACUCAGCCAUCGCAUUAUGGUUAUGGCCAACACUCUGGAAGUGGAAGAAUUAUGCCUAGAAGCGGUUCAGAUCAACAUUUACCUCGCGUUGAUUACACAAGUAUUACCACUCCAGCUCGACAUACUCUUCUUAGAUCCAGCUUGAAGUCAGGAACAUCUGCGUUGAGAUACAACACCAGAUAUGGCACUCAGGGAGACAGUACGUCGACUACUCAGAGACAAGGUCAAUUUGGUACUCUAACCAGGAGGCACCGACCGUCGUUGGAUUAUGCUUCAGACACUGAAGCAACCUGUUCGAGUUCGCCCAAGUCGGCGUAUUAUUACUACAGGCACAAUAUGAACAAUCCGCCUCAGAGUAGUGCUGUCUCGCAUCUUGCCACCCUAUCGAGAUCACAGAUUGGUCAGAGUUCCUCAGGCUUGAGAUCGAAUUCGUUGCCUCGUAGUGGCAGAACGUUGCCUCAGCAACCAGGUCUCAGGUCUGGACUUAGCACAGUAGCAUCUGGACUAAUAGAUCAGGAAGAUAGUGACGGAGCACUAUCAGCGCCCGAACUACCUUCCAUUAGACGCGAUAGAGGAAGAAUACCGUCAUCACCCAGUGUGUUCACAUCAGAUGAGUACCGAGCAUGGCUGAGUCGAACGCCGAGUACCAGUGCAUUGUACGAGCAGAUUAGGGCCACUACGACUAGACCACCACGUUACACUUACAGCGCAGAGAACAUCCACGCAGCUGUAAAUCAAGGUGAAUAUGGAAGCUAUGGGACGUACAGACCAUUGUCCAGCACGCUGGAUCGUUUGUCAACAAGAUCAGCCUCUGCUCAGCAAGUGAAUCUUGCCAACUUAAGAGCAUCGACAGCGAUCAGUUCGACGUGUCAUCGUGGAACAGCGAACCCAAGACCGGCCUCGGUUGCAUCCAGUGCUCGUACGUCCUUGACAAGUCAGAAACCGUCACUGAGCAGCUCCGCCACCCAGAGGGCAACGUCGGUCAGAAGAAUCAGGAAUCUGCUGGAUCUGGAGUCCACCCGAAGCAUACCUACCCCCACACCUACCAGAACUCAGGAUCAAAGACUGCUAGAUAUUAAUCCUGCAGAGUUCCUUAAGUAUAAGAUAGAAAAACCUCCGACUGUUGGAACUCCGAGCUCGACUAGCUCUCUUUUGAGCUCGCUCGGGGAAACCAGCAGUGGUGACCUGGCGGGUGGUGUUAGUGGACUACUUUGGGUCCAUCUUCUGGCAGGUCGUGGCCUCCGUUCAACAACAUCCUCCUCAGCGGCCACUACACCUUCCACACCAUCAGGUCAGCCUAAUUUAGCUAGUUGCGGCUUGAGAGACCUUUACUGCGUGCUGGAGUGCGAUAGGGUGCACAAGGCGAGGACAGUGAUGCGAACUGGCGAUUUAAUGUUCGACUGGGACGAAACCUUCGAGCUGGACCUCGUUGGCAACCGGCAGUUAGACUUGCUGGUCUAUUCCUGGGAUCCACAGUACAGGCACAAGCUUUGUUACAAAGGAUCUGUGCACCUGGCGACCCUCUUGAAAGAAUCACCAGUUCACCAGCUAGCUGUCAAAGUCGAACCACGUGGCACAAUUUAUCUAAAACUGAGAUAUACGGAUGCUCAGCAGACAUUCCGAAGGAGAGGACUCCCAGUCAUAUCUCUGGCUACCAGAGUGGCGCCACUCUUCGGAGUUGACCUUGACACAGUGGUGAGUCGGGAGAGCAAGACUGGUGGAGUUCCUGGAGGUGUUUCUACCGCCCUAGCCAUGGGUGUUCCAAAUGUGCCCAUAAUUGUAUGGCGUUGUGUCGAAGAAGUUGAAAGAAGAGGUCUUGACAUCAUUGGUCUAUACAGGCUCUGUGGAUCAGCUACGAAAAAAAGGAUACUUAGGGAGGCUUUUGAAAGGAAUGCUCGUUCAGUGAACCUGUCGCCUGACAAUGUACCAGAUAUCAACGUAAUUACUGGUGUACUGAAGGAUUACUUGCGAGAACUUCCAGAACCACUCUUCACGAGGUGCCUCUAUCAGAUGAUGGUCGAUGCAUUGGCCGUCUGUCUACCGGAUGAUCCACAAGGCAACGCAAAACUCAUGUUCAGUAUACUCGACUGUUUACCAAAGGUGAACAGGUGUACGUUAAUCUACUUGCUGGACCAUCUGGCAAUGGUAGUAUCACAGUGUAAUAAGAUGUCACCAGCAAGUUUGGCAGUCUGUUUUGGACCAGUUUUAAUGCUACAUUCUGAAGAGAACGGACCGCCUUUGGAUUUCCAACAACCAAUAGCAGUUCUCAAGUAUCUUCUUGAAAUUUGGCCUGUUAAGUCAGUUCGGAAGAUUUCUUCAGUCGCUUCGGCGCUUCCUCGAGUUACGCCAACAGUCGAGCACAACAGCAGUCAACAGCAACUGCAGCACCAGCAGCAAGCUCAGCAACAGGUGCAACAGCAACUGCAGGGAACAUUGGGACGCACAGGGCUGCCCUGGCAGCCUCAACACUCACUUCAUCAACAGCCCCCAACUACGGCAGCACCCGCAGCCCUCGCGCCCUCCACUCGUCCUCCACCACCGGUCAAGCCUCGCCAGGUGAUAGUCUCGUCUCCCGGUUCACCUAGCAGCGAGGAGUCGGAAGCCUCGCCGGAACCGAUUAACAAAAGCCUCCUGAGCGGCCUGGGACUCGAAAAGAACAACGAAGGGGCCACAGCGAACUCGACUGGUCCUGGAACAGAACAGAUUACGCCGACCAGCAGUGUUGACACCGAGGAGGGAAAUACACUACAUCCUGAAGAGGGUGAGAAGGGCGUCGAGGGUGAUGCAGAGGCCAGCGAUGACGAUCGACAUUAGCACGUACCCAAUACGCAUUAGAGUCUUGUGAAAUAUGAGGAUUUAAUCGGGGAUGUGCGCCCUGGAUAGCUUCGACGUCUUCGUUUUACCGAUAGUUUGGAGAAUCUUGCGUUCCUUUUUUUUUUUAAGAAGAUGAGUUUACUAAGGAACAGUGUUGGGCAUGAAAUAAUGAAUACAUCAAAAGAUUAAAAUUUGUUCAACUAGAAAAUUACCCAGAUUAUCUAGUUGUCAGUUGUUAAUUGUUGAAAUAGACUGUAAACAGACUCAAAGUCUGCCUACAGUUUCUCUAAAUUUAUUUAUUAUUUGAAGAAAGUUUAGCUAAGUUUGAAUCUUGCCCAAUACUGAUGCAUGCGUAUUAAGAGACUGACAAUGAAACUUGUAAUAAAAAUAUAAUGGAUUUUGAAGUCUGUUGGAACAGGAUUGAAAGGGUUUUGUUGCUCACAAGUGUGUUUGUUUGAAAUUGUUUAAAAAAAAGAGAGAGAGGUUAUAUUCUUAAGAUACAGCUUAUCAUUCAGAAUUGUAUGAAAUGAUAAACAAACAUGUUAAGAGUUUCUGUUUCAUUUUAAUCAAAGAUUCUCAUGAUGUGUUGAUGAAAGCUGAAAAAAAAGAAGAUAUACUUUCUACUUUUAAUUUCUCAAAGAUAUUUAACGCGUUGACUGCUUUGAUUUAGGAAUCUAACUACAACACUUGUAUCGUGAAACGAUUUUUCAAUCUUUAAUAGGUACCAGCUGCUCGUAGAGCAGCAAAGAAACGAAAACCAAAGACUUGUGUCUUAAUCGAUGCUGUAUUACCUAGUGAAAUAAUUUUUCCUUAAAUGUUAUUAUUGUUGGCUGUGUUAGGAAAAUGGUUCUCUUCGUUGUGUAACGUUGUGUUUUGAAAUAUUUAUAGAUGUUUUCUGCGGCAGUCAGCGCGUCAAAUCGCACAUAUAUCCCUCUGAGAAUAUUAUGUUUGAAGAACAUAUAAUUUAUACAAUGAACGAGGCUGAAUAUUUGUCGCCAGACGCACAAUAUAAGCGAUCAUUGUUUCCGAGACGAAAUGACGCGCAUAAUGGGACCACUGCGAAUAUUCGUUCAAGAAAAUAUCUUCGCGAUAAAACGAGAUUCAACGCUGAAAUUGACGAUCUGACGACUGACUGAAAGCCUUCUGUAAGUUUUAUAAUACGACUAAACAAAACCUAAACCAAAGAAGAAGAACUAAUCGAAAGUUAUGCUAAUAUUUAGAAGAAGAUUUUACUCUUUAGCUGCGAUAUAUAUUAUGAUUUCACAAUGACCAAAGACUGUAACAGGUUCCUAGUUUGAAACUUCUUGCACAAAAUUUGACUCCUAGAUAAUUUUGGUCUCGUUCAACCAAUGAAAUAAGUCGCCAUAUGCAAGAGGAAAUAAUUCUCUCUUCCGCAGCUGAAGAGUCAAUAUUGUAAGGUUUUUGAACUUUUCUUCGAGCACAAAUGCCAGAAAGAUUAUCAAUCAGCUGAACUUUUUUUCUAUUCUAUCUUGAGAUCAGUCAAAGCUUCUUUCAAAAACCCAACGGUUGAUCAAGCAAAAAUGGAGUCAGUAGACAAGAAACUAACAGAGGAAAGGAGGCAAUGAGUGAAUAGUUGUACGACAAUGAACAUCUCUAAACAUCCCCUGCGUCCUAAAUUAUGCACAAAUCUACUUUACCGACUGUGAAGAUAAUGUCCAAUGCAUUGGAAUAGCAAAGAAAGAGGUACGAAUGGAAUGUAAAAAGGAAAUCUUGCGAUUCACCGCGCACAUCCUCAGCUGAAGGAGAGACUCUACCGUUUCUCCAAUCGAUUUGUCAGCGAAGUUCAUGGUGUUUCCCGGCCGGUCGAGACUGAGAUCUCACGCGAAAAAGUUCCGGAAGAGUUUCUUCACCGGCGAAGCUAGCUGCAGAAGAAGAAAGGCGACAAGAACUGAUCACACUGACUGGCGAUGGAAGAAGAAAAGAAAGAGCGAUAUACAGGGAGGACAGGAGAUGAAACGAAAAUAAAUAAGCAAAGAAAAAAUAUACACACACAAAAAGGAAAAGUUGAAUAAGAGACAUACACACACGUAGAGACAUAUAAGGAAAUAUGAAGAUGAUGAAUCACACAGACGCAACGGUCGAUUUAUAUACAAUAUACUAUAUAUAUACAUAUUAUAUAUACACACAUAGGCUAGUCACGAUAUACAUGUGCUUUUGAUAAAAAAACUAUUACUUAGAGGUUAGCUAGCCCUCGUAUACAAAACACAAAGGAACUGCUGAUGUACACAACAGCUGCGUCGCACAUAUACAUGCAUAUAUGUAAAAGGAGAAAAGAAAAUAAUUGAAAAAAAAACGAAGGAUGAGGGACAAGAUGCAAAGUAUAGGUGCACGCAGACGAUAAAGUUAUACAUAAUAUAUAUAAUGUUCAGCGCGACAGGAGUCGAGGAACCGACUCCAUGACUUCUUGUACAUGUUGACAAUAGCAAACCGACGAACGGAGAAGAAAGAUAAAGGAGAGAUUGGAUCAGAAUAAAAGUGGAGAGCCAGUGGUAGAGGAAUAGAAACUCACCGAGAAACGAUAAUAAUUAAACGGUUAAUUGUAAACUUCUAAACGAUUAAAAAAACAUAGCCAGUAUUAUAAUUGUGUACAUGAAGAAGCAAGCAUUUGAAGAGGACGAGCCGGGAGAGAGACCACCCUUCGGUCAGGGUAUUCCCCGGGGUUCGUUUGUUCUACGAUCUCGUCAACGGGGACACGAGUCGUUAUUUGACUAUUGUUACUGUCAUUAUGGUUAGUUAGUAUAAUAUUGUUGCGUACAGACAGUAGAUUUAAAUAGACCUCAUGAUAAUUAAUGAGUAGUCCCAUUUAAAGCUUAUUCUUUUGAUCUAGCUCUUAAUAU